AUGUUUAUUGCGCUAACCGAUGACACGGCCAAGGCCGCUGACAACCCCCUUGAAAGUGAACUUCUUCAUCACGAAUCAAAAAUCGCGAUUUCUUUGUCCGAAGGCCGCUCGCCCGCUGGCCCCGGCUACAUCACAGCCGUCCGCCGCGACAGCGAGUCGGUUUUGGCAGAAGAGAGGUCGGUCUCUCCCGCGCUGUUACUGCGCAGGGCAGUCCGGGCCGCCGCCGACGCCGACACGCGUCGAGGAUCGACGAAAACUAGGCGAGGCACCGCCUCCGGAAUGUACAGCAAUGCGGUCUGGCCACCGAUCGAUAUGAGAACGACGACACACGCGCACUACACAACACUGACACUCGCCGUCACACGAGCUAUCGCGUACUGGCUCGCUGAGACAGAAGUAUAUAAUCCCGUUUUGAGUCGAAAGAGGCCGACUUAA